GUAUGCCUAAACCAGUUCGACCCGACCCGACAAUCCUCUAUUCUCUUUGCUCUUCCCCGACCAACCAAUUCUCCUCCCGGCCACAACCGUUCUUUUUCGUGCCGCUUCAGGUACUCCUUCGCCCGGCAUUUCUCUUCCUUCCUCCGAUCUUGAUCUCCGUCGUCCUUCCCCUAUUCCGUGCCAUCCGCGUCUUUGUGCGCUUCGAUCCGGCCGACCCAACCGCUAUCUCGUUGCCGGAGCCUCGUGUCUUGUGCCCUUUCUCGUAGACCAUGGAUCUGGGUUUGGUUGGUUUCUUGUUCGUUUUAUACUGUUAAUUAUGAUGCCGUCGAUCUUUGUUUGCUCAUUGGCUGCAGUAGUUGGUCUCUGAACAGAGGCGCCGAUCGAUCUCUCUCGAGGAAUGCGCUGAGAUGACACCUGCUCAGGAUCCAUUCUAUGUUGUUAAAGAGGAGAUUCAAGAGUCCAUUAACAAACUGCAAGUUACUUUUCAACAAUGGGAACAAACCCCUUAAAACACCGAGAGAGUGUACACCUUACAAAACAGCUUGUUGUCAGCUGUGAGAGCGUAGAGUGGCAGGUGGAUGAAUUGGAUAUGGCAAUUGCAGUUGCUGUGAGAGAUCCUGCAUGGUAUGGCCUUGAUGAAGUUGAACUUGAAAAGCACAGGAGAUGGACUAGCACUGCACAUUAUCAGGUGGGUAAUAUUAGGAAAACUGUAGAAACAGGAAAGGAGAAGCAGAAUUCAUUCAGCUUAGGUACAAAUGGUGUGCGUAAAGAGCUGCUGGGGCUUCCGAAUGAUCAUGCUUCUCAGGCAGGCAGAUCAACCAAUUACAUUAACCAAGAUAAUGAUGAUUUUAUCUCUUCAGAAUCAGAUCAGCAGCUGCUCCUGAUAAAGAAAGAAGAUGAGGAGCUGGAUGAGCUUAGUGCUAGUGUUUGGAGAAUUGGAGAUGUAGGACUUACUAUACAUGAUGAACUUGUUGGGCAGGGAAAAUUAUUGGAUGAAUUCGGCAUGGAAAUGGAGAGUACUUCAAACAGGCUUGACUUCGUCCAGAAAAAAGUUGCUAAGGUGAUGAAGAAGGCCGGCGCCAAGGGCCAAAUCAUGAUGAUAGCAUUCUUGAUAGUUCUCUUUAUUAUUCUUUUUUUUUUUGGUUUUCUUCACAUAGAUGGAGACUAAAUUGAUUUGAGCAGAAACACUUCGACUGUGAGCCAUGGUUCUUUGAAGAAAUAUUGAGGCUUUGUUACUUGGUGUCUUAUCAGGUUAUACAAUUCUCAAACCAGUAAAGGAUUCAUGCGUACCGCCGCAUGGCGCAUUGUGAAUUGGACUCAUCAGCUGCUGCCACCACCAGCAUAUACUGAGAUUCUACCCUCCUGGACUGGUAGACAAAUUGCUCGUCAUCACAGCAUCUUCAAUCGAGUUACCACAUUUACCAAGGUAGAGCAACACUGACAUCCAUUUCGUUUGGGCUGCUCUAUCCAUGCACGCAUUCGGCAAUUCUGGACUAACAUAAUCUUAGGGGAAGGGAAUAAGUUUGGUUCUGCCCCAUCCUCAGCACAUAUUCAAGUGAAGCACUCGGGCAGCCGCGUCCCAAACGUAUACGGUCACCUGAAGCAACCUCGGCAAAUCAUAUAUUAUACAAAGCAAAGAAG